AUGAGAUAUUUCCCAUAUAGUGCAACCAAGCUUCCCAAAUCCCAGGACUUCGUGGCCAUUGUCCUCCUGGCGAUAUGGACAAGCGGGGACCUCUAUCCUAUGAAAGAGGACUUCACCUGGCUGGAGUUCUUCGCUGGAACUGCGCUGUGUACAGCACAUGUACGUGCACGUGGCAACCCUGGCUGCAGGUUCGAUAUUCAAUAUCAUGAAGAACGAGCCCAUUUAGGAAACUCUGAUUUCAUGGACAUGAACUCUGUUUCGGGGUUCGUGCUUGGCAUCAUCUACUUAUUGCGUUGCCGAGCCUCCGGGUUCGUUGCGUGGUUUGGUAUCAAGUGCAGCUCCUGGUCCAGCAUGAACAGAGGCACCAGCAAGCGCUGUCCGUGCAGCAGCGUUGGUGACCCAACCAAGCCUUCAGUGAUUGAGGCUAAUAUGAUGCUGGAGCGGACAACUCUCUUGCUUCUGCUGGCAACAGCCCUCCAAGGCUGCUGGGUCGUGGAGCAGCCAGGUUCGUCUACGCUGGAGUACUAUCCAUGCUUUCGCUACGUCUUGUGCAAGCUAGCAGAAGUGCAUGGGAGUAUGGCUGUGAGCCGGGUUAGUUGGUGGAUGUCGGCUUAUGGAGCCAGGAGUGCCAAGCGGCAGUUCGCAUAUGCGAACUCUCCGGAGAUUCGCAAGAUCGACAGGGGAACACACCAGAGCCGCGGCCAGUGCCUGGGGAAGAGAGUGAGCACAACAUAUCGUUACAUAAACAGCGCUGGCAAAAAGUGCUACAACGGAACCAAGGACCUGAAGGGCACCGAGAUUCUUAUCAUUAUAUAG